AUGAAAGAUCCGCUCGGAAUCAUGGGUAGUGAAACUAUUUUCGUUAUGGAGUCAUAUACCGGAAGGGACGUGCUUGAGGAGUUUGAAAAUAUGGCCAAGUUAAAAGCAGGCAUAACUCGUAAGACCUACAAACUUCCUUAUCAGUGGGACGGAACAGGGGGAGUGGUUUAUGGACAAUAUCUUUACUACAGCAGGUUGGUUGUUCGUUGUUCGUUAUUUCCCAUGUGCCACCAGCUAAUAAAAAAGUGAAACUAUUUUUGGUAAAAGUCCUUUCGUGUAUUUUCCUUUUAUGAGAGCUCUAGGGCAGUCGUAAUUGGUUAGAUCUGCAUUUUUGCUAUUCCCAUUGGUCUUAAGUAGGUGCAUUCUCUAGGUCAAUCUAUCAAUCAAAUAUUCAAAAACCAGCAAAAUUUUUCUACCACAUCGUAUAUUUUUUCCUUGCCUUGGGUCAUUCAUUUCACAUUUUAAAGAAAAAAAACUACCCGAUGUUCUUUGGUAACUAUUCUGCUUUAUUCAUUUAUUUUAUUUAUUUCAUUUUAUUUAUUCCUUCAAUUCCUAGCUGAUACAUAGUUACAUAAAUAUAACGUGAAAAAAGUAAUAUAGUAACAGAUAAAGAUUUACAAAGGAAAAAAAACGCGUAAAACAGAAAUUACAACACUCAAAUUGAAUUACAUUGUAUAUUGCUUUAGUCAUGGGAGGUAUUAAGCAAAUCCAGGAAAACUUUAUAUUAAGCCACUUUUUGUCUCUUCUUGAAAGGGCUAAUACAAACUUCAUUGUCAAGUUCAAUCUGCACUCAGGGAAAGAGGAGGCCCAAAUAAGGAUAAGCGAUUACGCACCAAGGAAAACCACAUACCAGUGGGGUGGAUACAGUGGAGUGGACUUGCCAGUUGAUGAAAAUGGAUUGUGGGUAUUAUGGGGUAGUACCAGAAACAGCUAUCGUCUUCAUGCUUCUAAAAUCAACGUGCAAAAAAAUUCCGUAACCAGCACUUGGAGUUUGAAUACAGGUAUGAGUACCAUAAACAGAUUUUUAAGGAACACAAAUAGGUAGUUAUUUGAUGAACACUUGGCGUGGGCAGGGUUUUAUUUAUAAGUGGCUUAUCUUCUAAGUAGUAGAAAUUUUUUUUUCUAGAUUAGGUUGUAAGCCUUCUUGAUCAUGAUUGUUAACAGCAAACGUUAUCAGAUCAGGGCUGACAAAAUUGAAAACUGCUUUGCUUAGACAGCGGUUUUGUUUCACAAUUUGUCGUAUUAAUAGGCCUCUUUUGAAACUUAUUCCAACCUAGAUCCAUGUUAAUACCGUGAGUUUUAUUUCUAUAUUCCUUUAGAAAAGAUGGGGAGUAUGGGAAACGCGUUUGUUGCCUGUGGCGUGGUUUAUUGUAUCGACAACUAUGGUUCAACGUCCACAACCAUCAAUUUUGCUUACGACACCAAGACUGGGAAACAGUGGAACCCCAACAUUCAGUUCACCAAUCAGUAUCGCUACAACUCCAUGGUGGACUACAACCCCAGAGAAAAAGUGCUGUACGCCUGGGACAGCACUAGACUGGUCACUUAUUCCAUUACCUUUAACUAA